AUGUCGCCUGCUUUGCAAACUGCCCCUAAAACAAACGACCUCUCGAAACGCCGGCGAUUUCAACCACCCAUCACCACCUUCUUUUCUAGCUCUUCUGAAUCAGCCUCUGCCUGCGAUGCACACAUCUCACACAAUCACUACUCCGCCAGGACCUACUCCCCCACCCCCACGGUCCCCGCAACGGUCCAGUCCUCCCUUCUCUCCGUCGGCAUGCGUGUCCGCAAAUCCGUCGCCGACGGCUACAAGACCAAUGGAUCUAAAAUCGACGCCAAAACAACCUUCCCUUCAUACGACCCCACCGCCCUGCGUCGCAACGCAGGCGCCCAUGCCGAGCUUCCUCCGUUCUGCGGCACGGACUACAACCACAACGGCGACCAGCUCAUUACAGACGACGGAGACGCUUUCUCGCUUCCAGCUAGCAGUCAGGAAUCGGCCGCUUCUUACCCCACUCAACCGACUGCUCAGAAACGCACCUUCGGCGACGACUGGGCUGACGACGAGUGCGACUUUGAUUCUGAUAGCUCGACGACUCUCCACCCAAGCAAUGGGCACAGCUUGACUUCCACCGCAGGACGGAGAUAUCCUGCCCCCACGCUAGGACACCAGCGACGUCGGUUUGUUGCCCUGCAGCAGCAGCAGAGAACGAUGGAUGUCGAUGACUUUGACGAGCCAUCUUUCCUGAGGCGUCGGGAGGAGGUCGACAUGGAUUACGUCCCGGGCCGUGAAAGUGGCUAUGAGAUCCAAAUGGGAGGAAUUUAG